AUGUGUCGUUCCCAUUUCGGUCUAUUUCCGACAGAGGCAAACCAGCCCCCUCGAUGGAAAAGCUACAUGAGUGAUGAUUUCAGUCCCAUUGAAUUUAGCUGGAACUGGAGGAAUGCACAAGGAGAUGUUGAUAGAAGAGUGCGCUUUAGUAUUGAAGCCAUUAGCAAGCAAUCUGGCACAGUUGGCGAUCCAUGGAAUCAGAAAGCUACUAUUGAUCUUGUUAACCGCCUUGAAGUCGAUGUACCGGAGAUUAAGGUACAAUGGUUCCACCGUCUUCUUAAGGACUUCACUCCCUCAAAAGAUGUCAUUUCUGAAUUUUUUAUAUCCCGUUUCGAUCCGCAGCCACCCCGUUCAAGUUUUUUCAUGGCAUUUGAAAUGAGAGAUAAGAUGCGUGUUGUCAAGCUGUACAUGAUGCCGUUUGCAAGAGCAAUGGAAAGAUCUCAAACUAAAUCUGCUAUUAUUCUUGAGUCUCUAGCCAGCUUCGCUUAG